AUGGCUUCUACUUCGGCCGCACAGGCCGUCAGCCCUUCGACGCCGCCGCCGCCUCCAGCGCAGGCAGAGCCACGACCAUCGGAGCAUUCGCUGACCGAUGCCGACGUUACUCGGCUGCUGCGUCAGCGCAAUAUUGGCAUCGCAGCGCACAUCGACAGCGGCAAGACGACAGUGACGGAGCGUGUCCUCUUCUACACGGGCCGCAUCAAGGAUAUUCACGAGGUCAGGGGACGGGACGAGGUGGGGGCCAAGAUGGACCACAUGGAGCUCGAGAGGGAGAAGGGCAUCACCAUUCAGAGCGCUGCCACGCACUGCACCUGGCGAGCCACGCCUCCGACGGAGAAGCACGCCGUGAGCGGCGAUGUGGCUUCGGUCGAGACGUCAGAGGGCGACAAGGAGGAUUUUAAGAUUAACAUCAUCGACACGCCGGGGCACGUCGACUUCACCAUCGAGGUCGAGCGCGCACUCCGAGUCCUCGAUGGAGCCGUGCUGGUCCUCUGUGCCACGUCGGGCGUGCAGUCACAGACGAUCACCGUCGACCGGCAGAUGCGUCGCUACAAUGUGCCGAGGGUCUCGUUUAUCAACAAGAUGGACAGGGCUGGUGCCAACCCGUGGCGAGUCAUUGAUCAGGUCCGCAACAAGCUCAAGUUGCGAGCGGCUGCCGUCCAGAUCCCCAUUGGGGCCGAGGACGCCUUCGAGGGUAUCAUUGACAUUGUCCGAUGGAAGGCUGUCUACAACGAGGGUAACAAAGGGACUACGGUGCGGGAGAGCGACGAGAUCCCCUCGCACCUUGUCGACCUGGCCAAGGAGAAGCGAGCCGAGCUCAUCGAGCAGCUCGCUGAAGUCGACGACGAAAUGACGGAAAUCUUCCUGGAGGAGCGAGAGCCGACGAUCGAGGAGCUCGCCGCUUCGAUUCGGAGGGCAACGGUCUCGUGCAAGUUCUCGCCCGUCUACCUGGGCUCGGCCAUGAAGAACAAGGGUGUCCAGGCCAUGCUGGAUGGCGUGUGCGCCUACCUCCCUAACCCGGCCGAAGUGCCCGCGGUGGCGCUCGAUGUGUCUCGCGAAGCCUCUCAGGUCUCGCUGGCGCCCGCUGCUGAGGCACCCCUUGUUGGCCUCGCCUUCAAGCUCGAAGAGGGACGGUACGGCCAGCUGACGUACAUGCGCGUUUACCAGGGCUCGCUCAAGAGGGGCAACGUCAUCUUCAAUGCACGCACAGGCAAGAAGGUUAAGGUGCCCCGAUUGGUACGCAUGCACUCCAACGACAUGGAGGACGUCGAAUCGGUCGGCCCUGGCGAGAUUUGCGCCAUGUUCGGUGUCGAUUGCUCAAGCGGCGACACGUUCACCGACGGCUCUUCGUCUCUGAGCAUGAGCAGCAUGUACGUUCCCGAACCUGUCAUCUCGCUUGCCAUCAAGCCCGACUCCAAGGAUGGCAGCUCGGUCAACUUCUCACGAGCUCUGAACCGGUUCCAAAAGGAGGAUCCAACCUUCAAGGUGCACGUCGAUGCAGAGAGCAGCGAGACUAUCAUCAGCGGCAUGGGCGAGCUGCACUUGGAGAUCUACGUGGAACGGAUGCGAAGAGAGUACAACGUGCCGUGCACGACGGGCAAGCCCCGUGUCGCAUUCCGCGAGACGAUUGGCCAAAAGUCGACGUUCACGUACACGCACAAGAAGCAGACGGGCGGUGCUGGUCAAUUUGGUCGUGUGAUGGGCUACAUUGAGCCGAUGGGUGUUGACGAGGAGACAGGCAAGGCCGAAGCGUUUGAGAACAGGGUUAUGGGUGGCUCCAUUCCCAGCGGGUACAUUCCCGCUUGCGAGAAGGGCUUCUUUGAGGCGCUCGAGAAGGGCAACCUCUCUGGCCACUCAGUCACGGGUGUCCGCUUCGUGUUGGAAGACGGUGCAGCGCACAGCGUCGACUCGUCCGAGUUGGCUUUCAGGCUGGCAACGAUCGGCGCCUUCCGAGAGGCGUUUGCCAAGGCCCAGCCCUUGAUUCUGGAGCCCAAGAUGACCGUCGAGGUCAUUGCGCCCACGGAAUUCCAAGGUGCUGUCAUUGGUGCGCUCAACCAGCGCAAGGGCACAAUCGAAGAUACCGAGGUGCGGGAGGACGAAUUCACGCUGACGGCAGAGGUCAGCCUCAACGACAUGUUUGGCUACUCGAGCCAGCUGAGAGGCCUCACGCAGGGCAAGGGAGAAUACUCGAUGGAGCUCAAGACCUAUGCGCCCGUCAUGCCAAACGUGCAAAGGGAUAUGGAGGCAGAGUACAAGAAGCAGCUGUCACAAAAGAAGUAG